GAGAGAGGAGGCUGGAUGGUGCAGUGGACAGAGACAAAAAUAGGAAUAACGGGCUGGCCUGGCCGGCUGCGUUGAUCGUCAUCUCGUGUCAAACGGCGUGGCGGCCGUGGCGGAAAAGAAAAGAAAAAAACUCGUCUCCCGGCUGGAAAAAUAUUAAAUUACCGGCCGCCUCGACUGAAUAGGGGAUGGGAUUAGCUAGAACGGGAAAUUAAGAGCACAGUUUUAGUAGUGUUAGUAGCCUAGUUAUCGUACUAUAGUAGAAUAGUAGAGUAAGAAGGGCCAUCGGAUUAGACCGUCUACUACCACCACGGUGUAUCUAAAUGUCUUGGCCUUGGGUCUGGGAAAAAAAGUCAAUUUCCGAGACAAAAUGUUUCUCCCUGUUGUUGUGGGCGAGCGAUUAGGUAGAGAAAAGAAGCGGGAUUUCCGUGUUUUGCGGUAGGCGGGAGAUGUACGAUGAUGUGCGGGCUGUGCUGUGUAUGUGUAUGUGUAUGUACUGUGAGCUGGCAGACUUCAUGGGAUUAGAGUUUGAGAUAUAAUAGGAGAAGUGUCACGGGUUUAGGGAGGAUCUUUUUUUAAGAUGGCAGGCACAAGGGGUGAGGUGAGGCUUCUCCUUUUGGAUAAACACCACACACGGACACGACAGACAGACAACCGUGAAAAAGACGUUAGAAUAACUGUCUAUCGACCAACUAUUUAGUACUGUAGCAUAGAGUGGUGUACAGCGCAUUAGCCUGUCGUUUUUCUACUAGGAACAGCCCAGUACUAACUCACAGGUCCACCCGUAUUUCUGGUGUCGGCCGUCUCAAACUCCUCACUUUCCUAGCCACUGCUAACUAACUCUAGUUACUAGAUGGUCGUUAGUGAGGUCUAGAGUGGUGGUUAGUGGCUCCGCCAUCCAUCGUUUUGUUCGAUUUGUCUAGAGAAAGAGACAUGUUAGAUGGGCUAGAGGGGCUAGAGGGGAGGAGGAGGAACGGAUAGGCGGUGGAGAGACAGUAGAGACACCAGAGACAUGCUCUAGCCGCAGUCACGCCAGCCACCGCGAUUCAUGGGGAGUGGCGUGAGGAGAAUGAGAGGAGAGUACGCGGUAUAGCACGUAUAAUGCACUGUGAGGCGGGCAAGGCGCUCAAUCCGUAUAGCACACGCGGCUGUACAUUAUAGUAGUGAGGUAGAAGAAGAAGGCUUAGCAGAUACUGCAUUGCAUACUGUAGACUACAGGCUGUUAGCUAUAGACUGCAGACGACUUGUAGGCAUACAGCUAGCAUAGCCUCUCUUUUGCCAUUGACAACGACUAAUAAUACGAUUAAACCUCAAUCUUCAAUCUUCAAUCUCCAAUCUCGGAAACAUCUAAUUAACUAUACUAUAACUAUAAUUGCUAUAUUAUACUUUACCAUAUUACCCUACACGGACCAUCCCUUUCCCUCGCUUUUUCUUCUUGCCUUCCCUCUUUCUCCUACGCCUCUCCUACGCCAAGGUACAACCACAUCGCACCACAGCUCUAUACGAUUUCCAUGUACCACCCCGGACUCGGCUACCCACGUCCUCUCCCUCCUCCUCCACCACCCCCCAACCACCAACCACAAUCCUCCAACCACCAACUUACGCUACUAACAACGGACGUUCCCUGACCGACAACCACUCACCCCCAAAGACUCCCGAUUCACCACUACCACUACCACCACCCAACGUCCCAUCCGUGAAAGAAGAAUCACCACCUCGACACAGCGACACAAACAACACACCUCACCCCCUCCGACCCGCGAACGACAAGGACUCCCAUCCGGAGUCGGCUGGAAAACCCAUCAAUGGCGUCAAGCAGCAGCAAUGUCGUCGGUGUGCACUAUCGCGUCGGGAAGAAGAUUGGAGAGGGCUCCUUUGGUGUCAUAUUCGAAGGCACCAACCUGUUGAACAACCAGCAGGUCGCCAUCAAAUUCGAACCACGCAAGAGCGAUGCUCCUCAGCUGCGUGACGAGUACCGGACGUACAAGAUCUUGGUUGGAUGCCCGGGCAUUCCGAAUGUCUACUACUUCGGCCAGGAGGGCCUCCACAACAUCCUCGUUAUCGACCUGUUAGGCCCCUCCCUCGAGGACCUCUUCGACCACUGCAAUAGACGCUUCUCGAUCAAGACUGUGGUUAUGGUGGCAAAGCAGAUGCUGUCGAGAGUCCAAACGAUCCACGAGAAGAACUUAAUCUACAGAGACAUCAAGCCAGACAACUUCCUGAUUGGCAGGUCAGGCUCCAAGGCGGCCAAUGUCAUCCACGUUGUCGACUUCGGCAUGGCCAAGCAAUACCGCGACCCGAAGACGAAGCAGCACAUCCCAUACCGUGAGCGGAAAUCUCUGUCUGGAACCGCACGUUACAUGUCUAUCAACACACAUUUGGGACGCGAGCAAUCACGCCGUGACGACCUGGAGGCCCUCGGACAUGUGUUCAUGUACUUCCUCCGCGGCGGACUACCAUGGCAAGGUCUGAAGGCUGCCACCAACAAGCAAAAGUACGAGAAGAUCGGUGAGAAGAAGCAGACCACGCCCAUCCCCGAGCUCUGCAACGGCUUCCCGGAGGAGCUCAACAAGUACCUCAGCUACGUGCGCAACCUCGGCUUCGAGGACACCCCCGACUACGACUACCUGCGCGACCUCUUCACGCAAGCCCUCAAGGGUUCCGGCGAGAUCGAAGACGGCGAGUACGACUGGAUGAAGCUCAACAACGGCAAGGGCUGGGAGGCAACCAAACAGCACCAGUCCCAGCAUUUAAUGCACCAAGCCAACGUCGCGCAGGGCGCCUCGAACCGCGAGCUCCACGGCACGACGCGCGCGACGGGCUCGACACCGGGCCACCUCACCGCCGCCCGUUUAAACGCCGCGCAGCCCCCGCCCCCCUCGCCCGCCAAGGCCGGGCUGGGGAAGAUGCGCGACCAGCCAAGCGGGCCAGGCAGGCUGGCGCCGAAGCGCGCGAGCGGCGCGGCGGGGCACGGGGGCGAGCUGACGCCGGCGGGGUCGACGCAGGCCCAGUUCCAGAACUCGAGCAAUAACCUCCCGCAGAGGAUGGUGCAGCAGCCGAAUAUGGUUGCGCAGCAGAUGGGGAAUGGAAGGGUGGAGGAGGAGGCGCAGCCGCAGGGGUUCCAGAAGUUUUUGAAGACGAUAUGUUGCAGAUGAUCGACCCUAUGACUCUAGAGAACCCAGAAAAAUCGCAAUGAAAUGUAUAAUGCCGCCCUCACCACCCAUCACCUCUCCCUCCCAUCCAGCAGAUCCAGUCUGAUCCAGUCCCAAAACGCAACUCCGCCGGACCAGGGGAAAGAAACAAGGCCACACCACACACACACACAACAAACAAAACUUUCAUAUAUCUCUCCACUUGUGUCGCUUCUGCAUGGUCUGGGCGGCGCGGGCGACUCUUAUCUCGGCAUUAUAUGGACGCGUUCGGGGCAUGGGAUGGAGCGUGCGUGUACAUGACGGAUCCCUUUUCUCGCUCUCUCUCACACUUGUUUCUCUCUCCAAAAGUGCCGAUUCGCCUCGCCCUCGCACAGACACAGGCUCUACGCUUUUCCAACUCUCGCCAAUCUCGCUCCAUCAUCGUCGUCGAUAUUCAGCACCCAGGGGUCCUUUUACGCACCCGCGGCGACAGAUUGGCUUACAAAUCCGCCAAUAUCGGGAGGGGGACAGGAACGCGAAAAGGGGCGACUUAAUAUAUCUAUCUCAAUCUCUCUAUUUCCUUUCCCCCCUUCGAGCAAAAAACUUUUGUCUGUCAGAAGCGCGCCGGGUGUUGCUUGCGGACGUACACAUACAAUCUCUCUCUCUCUCUCUCUCUCUCUUUUUAAACUCGCGUCAUGUCAGAGCGCGGGUGUCAGGUGUCGUGGGGUUUAUAGCGGGUGUUUUUCUUGUCUGUUUUGUUUUCCUUUGUUAUUUUCGUUGAGGAGGGUUAAUGUGUGGAGGCGGGAAGGGAAGAUGGAGAGAAGGGUGUGGGGAGGGGAGGUAGAUGGCUGGUACAUGGAUUGGAGGGUGG